AGUCAUUGUCGAUCGGAACUCAUUGCAGUCCUCAGCACCAACGUGCACAUGAACUCGUUUUUGUCCUUGACCCAAACGUAGAACUGUGUUUAGUGUCUCUCAGUUUUUUCACAAAUAGCCCUUCUCUGAUCGUGCGUGUGGUCCCACCUCCGGGGUAGCUGCUAGGUCACCGCUAGCAGUGGAGGGGAGACCGAGGGGCCGCCGAGGAUCUUGAUGUCACUACAGUUGGUAGACAGCCUGAGCCAGAAGAUGGCGUCUUUGUAACAACUCCCGCAUCUUCUUCCUACUUCGCUGAGAAAUAAAACCCAAACGAGUUUCUAGUUCGCGUUGCACAACAAGAAGACUCGUGGUCCACUUUCGACGCGUCUUCUCCUACCUCUUUGGUGACCUCCACGAGAAACUGUUCUUAAGGCUGAUCGGAGAACAAGACCACAGCUUCUACAAAAAAAACCCGAGAGGACAACCACCACAACUUCGUACAUCGCACGAUGAUCUCGCUCAACGCGAUUACCAAGGAGCUGGUGCUGGCCUGCCGGCAGCUCGGUCUGUCGGUGUCCGAGUCGCUCGCCGCGUUGGUGGCCAGAACGAUCUUCAACAAUGCGACCUCGGCGUUCUACGCCGAAGCAGGCGGCUUGCAGGAGCCAGAGGCGAGGGUUGUGGUGGAGGAGAGUGUGAUAUGCAAAGAAACUACAACGGUUUGGCAGUUUUUAAGUACACAUUUUUUUGCAGGAUCAGCAAGACAGACAAACUCGGUCAUGAUGUAGUAGCCCGGGAACCUCGUUUUAUGUUCAUGCGUGUUUUUUUUCUUGCAUACAGUGACUGUAUUACAUACAGUCCUCUUGCUGCAAAUUUGAAUUUUUCCUGUCCUGUAGAAGACCAUAUCUGAACUGUUGCUGAGUCGGCAAAAAAUGUGUGUAACUGCUAGAAUACUUUUUUCUUGGGAUACAUGAAGAAGCUUUUUAACACCAAACAGCAGCCGGGCAUGGAAACAUUGGCACUACAAGCAGCGUAUUUAUUCGUUUCUUGACAUCAUCGACUUCUACAGCUUCGGCACUAUUGACAAAUUACUUUCAGAUUGCGUCAUUUGCAGCGUGUUUCGUUUUUCUUUACCGUGCAUGAGAAGCAGCAACUCCUCCGUCCUGUGCUCUGCAGCAUGUUUCGCAUGACAAUUUAAAAACGGUACAUCAGGUUUGAGACCGCAGCUCUGGAAGGCGAGCAGAAGGUGUCUGCGAUAGCGCAGGAGCAGGCGGAAUACGAGUCGAGGACGAUAAACUUCAUCAUUCAGGAGGGCGCCUCGAGUUCCGUGCACCUGAAUUACGAGCAGGGCAACUUGGUGUGGAACAAAAUCGUGGAGAUGCUGGUGAAGAGGUGUAAGGUCCCAUCCAUGCCGAGUUCGGUGUCCUCCAAGCCGAUAAAGGAGCACAACGACAAGUAUCUCGACAAGGAGAUGACGCAGAUCCUGGAAUCCGUCAUGCCGAAGGUCACCAUGCAGCGGUUUCUCGCGCUCACCGCCCCGGAGAAGCGGCAACAAACCGAGGAGUUGCUGCGAAUCUGCCACGGCAUAAGAAUUCUCAACCUCAAACUCGCAGCCAUACAAGCCACGGGGAGUGCAGGUGUGUCUUCAGAUUCAUUUUCAGUCUUUGUCAAGAACCACCACAAGCUUCUAGCAUGCUCCGUGACGCCGAAGAUGCGUAGAUUUCCUGCCUUGGAAAAAUCUAUAAAUGAAAUUUCUCAACAGCUGCCGACAGUGCGCCCUGCCUUCUGCUAGAGCAGUGCUGGACGGUGUCGAAAUUAGAGGAGGUGAUUUCCCACAUCCAAGAGCAAAUCGAGGAGUCAACCGAAAUGUGUCGGCAGUGGAAGGUGAUUAGCCUCAAGCACAACGCGAAAAAAGAGGAACUCGCGCACUGGCGGCAGAGGUUAGUCUACUGGCAAACGCUGUGCGACGAUUUCACAAUGCUGCAAACGAGGCUAGGGGAACACCGGGCGCAGUACGACGGGCUGGUGCAAGCGCUCGUGGAAAAAAUCGAGAUGCAGAGAGGUAUCUACAGUUUUGAUCAUUUGGGAGGGGAAAAUAGACCUUCUACUUCUUUCUAGAAAAAGGUGAUUGAGCGCCAUUUAUAAAGGUGAUUGAGCGCCAGUAUCUGAAUCUGUGAAGAUGCACAUGCAUAUUUAAUAUGAUGAGAAGCCAAGAAGUACUUAAAUAAAAUCUUUCGAAACUUGAAAGGUUCCCUAGCAAAGGGCGAAGUGUAUCCGCUUUUCGACAGUCUGGGAAAAUUGCUGGGAAUAGCAAGACUGGACCUGCAUCUGGCAACGGCCAAGCUCGACUUGAGGGAGCUGCUCCAGAAGUCACAGUAUUUUUUGAUUCGCAUCUUGAUGUAUUGCUUAGUUUCUCAUGCGACCAAGUUAUCGAAUUUGAACCUCAAGUAAAUAAACACGCGAGCUCAGAAACUACUUGACGUCACCCUCGCAGGUACUGCCCGACCCUCCCAAAAGAGUUUCUCGAAACGUUGAAAGCGGAGUCGAGCAAACCCGCCGAGUAUCAAAGCGAAAAAUCUCCCCUCCCCAUAAAAAAAUGGAAAUUUGUGAUGCUGAUUGCUGUUCACAAAUCCAGUUGUGAUGCUGGUAGGGAAGGGAUGCGGACUGUAGUUCUGUCUGGCACGGCCAAGCCUUGCCUCGCCAGCAUGACGGGCAGCAGCUGCAUUGUGCAGAACAGCAUGACAAAGAGCCUGAAGACUAGGCCGUGGGUGUGUCCCUUUACUUUCCAGCAAUACAGGUUGAUUUGUGUACACAAAUCGCGCAUCAGAAAUCUCCCUUUGAUAUGGGGAGGGGGGAUUUUUCCUCUCAAUACCGAGCCAAAGCCAACCAUGGACGAAAUCACGGAGCAAAUUACAACGCUGAUCACCGAGGUCCACGGUCCGGUGCCCGCGAUAUUAGAGACGAAAAACACGAUAUCGCAAGAAGAAGGUGGUCACAGUAGUUGCACGCUGUCUUCUUGCAGAACAUGCUAAUACCAGGCAGAAAAGUUCUGUCUUGCCGGACAUACUCAGCAGCUUAGUUUCAUACGUACAUGUUUUUUUUUUUCCAUACCCUCUCACUCUAACUUGGUGCACGACAGAUUUUUCUUGUGAUGCCGACCAAAAAAUCGGUGUUGCGGGAUUACUUGCAAAAAAUGUGUGCGACCGUAACACCUUUUUCUUGUUGGAUAUACGACCACGCAAAGUUCCUCCAGUACGAGCGGAACGGACACGCACCAGCAGUUUCCCCUCGUGGUUUCCGACCACCCGAUGUUUCUCUCCCCGGACACCACGCCCAAUUUUCUGCAGCUGCCGCUGGAUUUCCAGGGCUACUGCGUGCAGCGCUUGUGCAGCUCGGACGGGGUGCUCUCCUCCGGGGAUCCGGGGCUCGGGGUGAUCCAGUAUAAGGGGCGGUUUUGCGUGUUUGAGUCCUUUGAAAUGAUGAAGGAGUUUGUGAAAAGCCCGAGUAACGCCUUUCUCGCCGUGCGGGAGCACUGCUACAAGAUGCCGCAGCUGAUCCAGCUACUCCGAUUGCACGAGGACUUCCCGCAGUCAUCCUUGCAUGCGGUGUUGGAGCACUUCGGCGCGCAAAAGGUGGACGACGGUUCAACGCAGACGCCCGUGCACUUCCUGGAGUCGGUAUCAGAGGGGAGAAUCAACACAAACUGUGGUCCAGUGCAAAUUUCGUGCUUGAUUGGCAUGCCAACUUUUUUGUGCUGUCGCAUGGUAAUGAUAUCAGGAAAUAAAUCUACGAUGGAUAUAUAAUGCGCUAUAAUUGAAUUUCAAUUCCUUAUGUGCUACGAGAAAUCACGCAUACACUUACAGACACCCAGCGUCUACUCGCGCCUCUUCGGCAAGGAAGACGAACACCUUGCUGCUACGUUUUGUGCAUGACAAAUUGACAGUGAAAUGGUUCUUCCCUCCCAUAAGCGAACAUCGACCCGACGUAUGAGUGGAACGAGUGGAAAUUGAGGAAGGACGCCUUGAGGAUGGCAGGUACAGCAAGAAUUUGUGAUGCAGCAAUUCAGUAUAAGCAUCGAGUUCGAGAUCGACCCACUUGUCGAGUUUCUACUCAUAUGCCCGUCUAAUGCACUAGAAACCCGAUUUGUGAUGCGAAUAAACAAAAAAUUUUCCCAACAUCACAAUCCAGAUAUUCGUCGCAAGCACACCCACGGCACGCAGACGAUCGGGUCUACCUUCCGCCGCGAGAACGAAACGCAGACCUACUUGCCGAAGGACCAGUCAACGAGCACGGGCACGGAGAAGGGCAGCGCGACCAUGCGGUGGAAGAGGCACAUUGGCGGCUUAAGAGGAGCGAAGACGGAAAUGAAAAUCACGAACUUUAAGUUCGAAGUGUGAAGAGCAGGACGACGGCCGCUCAACGAACAACAGGUGCAGCAGGAGGCAGGCUGCGUUCAUCUUGUUCAGCACAACGCCGUCUUUUACAAUCUUAUCAAUUAAAUCAGACACAAGGUAGGAAGAAGAACAACCACAGAAAGUAAACACUUUGCAAGCUGAUUCUGGUAAAACUUUAGACAGGAAAGUACCAUACCAACUCAAACAACUAAACAGAAACUCAGUAAAUAAACACAAUGCUUUAUUUAGUGUUGUUGCAGACAAAAACUAACUUUUGAUACAACUUUUCAGACGUGCGUGUAGCCUCUUGGCAGUGAUCGUAUGGAUUCGGAUCGGCGUCGGGAAAAAAUCUGGUAUAUUGUCACGCCACGAAUUCAGCAUCGCUGCUUGGGUAGUGGAAGAACAAUUGAAACGUUGAACUCGUGAAUACAGCCAUUGCCGCGCGCAGAAAAUCUAAUGCAUUGUACACCAAGAUGAAGAUCAAAAUAAAACUUUAAUCGUCGCAUCGCGCGCUUGCUGAUUCUGAUGCGCAUUCCCAGCACCGGAAAAAAAAAGAAAAUGCGUGUGCAACUGCGGGUCGUUAUUUUCG